AUGGUCCAGGCCGAACGUGCCUCCAACGAAGCUCGUUUACUUGCGGAAGCCGCUGCUCGUACCGCCAGCGAAGAAGCAAAGCAGAGAGCAGCGGAAGCAGAGCAGGAGCGUAAGCGAACUGCCGCUGUACAAGAACAAGCCAAACGAGACGCUCAGGCUGCCCAGGAGCAGGCCAAGAAACUACAGGAGGCUGCUAAUGAGGAGAAGAAGAAGGCGACUGCCGCACAGGAGGCGGCCAACAAGUCGAAGAAAGUGGCAGAAGAGCAAGUGAAGGUAGCCAAUUCUGCCAAGGAGGAGGCUGAACGCAAGUUGAAAGAAGGCAUUCAACCUGUGGUGACUCCCACGCCUGCAGAAGUUAGCGCCGCCAAGCGGAAAGUUCAAUAUCGCGAAGAUCUUUUCCACUUCGCAGUAGCCGGGGUGGCAGGAGGAGGGAAAUCAUCUCUUAUCAAUGCCUUCCGCGGUUUGCCCAUGGCCAGAUACGCCAGCCCCAACGCGGAAUACCCAUAUGUCUGGUACGAUAUCCCAGGCGCAGGCACGCUCAAAAUCCCAGACUGGCAGUACUUCAACGCCCAAGGACUUUACGUCUUUGACUGCAUCAUCGUGCUGUUCGACAAUCGGUUCACCAUGACCGACAUUGCCAUCCUCACCAACUGCAAGCGUUUCAAGAUCCCCACGUAUAUCGUGCGUUCUAAAGCAGACCAGCACAUUCGUAACAUCAUGAAGGACAUGGGGUACGACAGCGAUGACGAUGAGAGCGAGGACCAGAAGAAGAAGCUUUACCAGGCUGCACGACAGCAGUUCAUUCAGCAGACGCGCCAGAGCGUGAGAGAGAACCUGGAGAAUGCCAACAUGCCUGACCAGAGGGUCUACAUCGUUUCGAACGAACCUAUGCUCGGCGUCAUGAAGGAAAAGCGGCCGAAGAAGGUCAUCGACGAAAUUGAGUUGUUGAACGACUUAAUCGGAGAAGCUCAGACCAGGCGAGCACGCCGUGAUGCUGAAGCAGCGACUGCUGUGAAGGAGAAGUAG